AUGGCUGCAGCAGAGGCGUGGGCGCGGCAGGAGAAAGUGAGAAAGUUCGAGGAGUUCGUGGACCAGCGGUUGAAACCCGACCUUGCUAACGCCAUCGCACAGCGUGACAAGGUGUUCGAGCAGCAGAAGACCUUCUUGGAUUUGAAGAGGAACAUUGAAAAUUUGGAGAGGAAUGGUGUUACCAGCAUGCGGUCCAUGGUCAAUCUUGGCUCCGAGGUGUACAUGCAAGCAGAAGUACCGGACACAAGGCAUAUUUUUGUGGAUAUUGGUCUAGGUUUUCAUGUGGAAUUUACUUGGCAAGAAGCUUUGCAGUUCAUAUCUGUAAGAGAGGCAAGGUUGACUAGCAAGUUAGCCACUGAAUCUAAGCAGAUCUUCUGA